GGUGCUCGGCUAGUCUGCUCUCCUGGCAGGUCGCCAUUGACAUUGCAGAAGCGCUGGCGACAGGAGGCCUGUUAGCAAGUGAGGGUGGUUUGCCAGGCUGAAGCAGUAGCAGCAGCCCUGGAUCAGGAGACGUGACAAUAACCUCUCCUCCUCUCGUUCCGGAGAGGAGGUUCCGCCUGGCUUUCCUUCUUUUCCACGGUGCAGGAGGCACAGGGUAAUUGCUAACACAGAAUGUCAGUGAACAAUUUCUUUGGGAAUAAAAAGAGAAACAGCUCCAUCUUAUACGAUGUGGAUCAGGCAAAAGUUACUGCUUCAUCUUCAUUUCUCCAGAAAACCACAAGCCGAAGUAAUGUUGGAAACCACGGAGAUGGCUUCCCACCAAACAAGCGUUACAAAAGCCUUGCUGCAAAUGAAUGUAAAGAAAUGGAAGAUCCUUUUGAGGACAGUGAUUUUACAGCAGAUGAUUUGGAGGAGAUAGAUAUUAUUGCUUCCCAGGCAUUGACACAAAACGUUACCUUAAAAACAAAUGCAUUGAGAACUGGGCAAAAUACAGAGCUAUCUUCUGCCCCAAACAGCACCUUCGGAGCACCUGAUCAUAGUAAGCGAUGGAAUAUUGCCCACACAGCUGAGACAAAAUCCAUAGGCCAAUUUGGAAAUAGCACAGAAGAAACCCCAUCUAAAGACAAAUUUAAACUUGAAACACUUCAAUCACAAUAUGAUGAAGCUAAGACAAAGCUGAAGGAAAAACAGGAUGAAAUCCUCAUUAAAAAUGGAGAAAUCAAAAUUCUACGGGCUUCAAUGCAGCAGAUGAAAUCCGCUAUGGAGGAACAGCAAAAAACAUACAUGUUAUUGGAAAAGGAGAAAGCUCAAAUUUUAAGUGAAAAAGAAAAGGAAUUCUCCAGAAAGUUACAGUCACUGCAGUCUGAGCUACAGUUCAGGGAUGCUGAAAUGAAUGAGCUGAGAACGAAACUUUUGAGCUGUGAAAGAAUAAAACCUGCUAUUCCUUCAGUUUCAUAUACCAGUCCAAAGAAGAGUCCUCCUAGCAUUGUAAAAGUUGAAGGAUGUACUCAGAAUGAAAAAAAAAGUUAUCCCACAACAGAUUCUUUUGGCUCUGAAAUAUCACCUAAAGCAUCCUGCUCCAAAACACAUUUCCACAUCCAAGCUCCUUGGGUUAAUAAGGACAGUAAGAUGCCUGACCUUGAAAUUGAGCCUGUGAAGCAAGAAACGAGUUAUGUCUGUGCUCAAAAACAAGGUUCCAUUUUGAUAAAUGCACUGAUGAAACAGCCUAUUGUUCCAGGAUCAUCGCUAGGACUCUGCUAUCUUCUUAGCAGUAAGGUUGAAGCUCGGCCUGGCCCUGUCAUGCAAUCUAGUUCUUUCAAUAUGGGAUCUACAGGAAGCUUCAGCGACAGAAUUGCAAGCACUCAAGAAGAAGAGGCUUCGUUGAGAGUGGCUCAAAAACUUGCCCUUACUGGAUUGAAUUUGAUUGCUGUGGAUGAAGGUUCGCUAGAGGAAAGCUCAGAAGAAAGCAGGGAGGGAAUAUCCCACCCUAAACGCUACAGAAUUCCUGGGGCGGUUCACCUUCUUCCUCUCCUGGAACAUCACAUUGCCGCAUACCACCAAGCCCUCCUAUUAAUGAUGAAGACUGGGAACGCUUCUUCUGGAAACCCAUCUGCUUGUUCUUCCAGAACUUCCUCAAGUACAGCAUCAAGUGUAGAUGAUUUUUUAUCUACCCUGGAAGAGUUUGCACUCGUGUCUUUGGGCAUUCUUCAUUACUUGGUGUUUUAUAGCUGGGAAGUUAUUUGUACACUACUCUCCUUUAAUAUGAAACGAUGUUGUGGUUUGGGAGGUACAGGAAUUCUGGAGAAAGACAAGACUGUUAUUUGCAAUAAGCCAGGUAGAAACAAUCUUCAGGGGCUCAAGCCAGAAGCUGAUGUUGCCCAUGCUGAGCCAUCCCAACAUCCUUUGUUUAAAAACCUGCUGCAGCUCUUGGCUUCAUGUGCUACAGCAGCUGGGUGCCAAAGACAUGGCAUCAUGAAUCAGUGCCUCAGAGUUUUGGUGAAAUUAGCUGAAAGGUCAACGGUUGAUUUAUUAAUAAGCUUUCAGCUCUUGUUGAACGGCCAAGCACAGACCCUGCUCCGCUGCAUAUCUUCUGAAGCUCCCUUGUUCGCUGUCCACCUGACUGUUAGGCUGUUAACUUUACUUGCUGAGUGUAAGGAACUGUCUGCUCUAUUUUGUUCGUGUUCAGAAACCUGCCUCCUCUUGGCACUGUAUAUGUAUAUCACGUCACGACCAGAUAAAUCAGCUUCUGAGAUGCUUUGGCUGCAGUUGGAACAAGAGACUGUUCGCUUCCUUACCAAGUGUGUGCAGUGUUGUAACCUCUCUGUUUCACUUGUUGGAACGGAUUGCCAGUGCAACUCUGAGGUGGUGAAGGCUCUUAUUAUAAUGUUGCAUAGGCAAUGGCUGACAGUCAGAAAGGUAGAAGGAAACCUGUUUGAGGUGCACGGAAAGCAAGUUGUUCAGUUCUUACGGGACGGUGUUUUGCUCUUGCACAGUCUGUCUCAAAAGGACAAGCUCUUUCAUGAACAUUGCCUGGAAGUGCUUCAUCAAUAUGAUCAUGUCAUGCCUGGGGUCAGAGCAAUCCUCAGAAAAGUUCAAAAUCUGAAAGCCUGUGAAGAACUUGCAUUGGAUGAACUGUAUCCUUUGGAGCCAGAAGUUGAUGAUCAGGAAAUGGAAUGCAGCUAAUUUUGGCUCAAUAAUAUAUCUAUUUACUUUCCAGAAAAGGCUAAUUUUCAAAUUUAAUGAAAUGCCAUUUUUUAA